AUGGCAGUUGGACUUGGACAAAGAUUUUUGAUGAAGGUGGUGAAGAAUGAGUCGAUGAAAACCCCGGAAAUUUAUGGAUGGAAAGUUUUCUUCCUGGCAUCUUCUGCUUGUUUUGGCGGCAUGCCUUUUGGCUGGGAUAUUGGUACAAUUGGAGGUGUCAUUGUUAUGCCGACUUUUACCAAAGCAUACCACAUCGACAAGCUUGAUGACAGUGCGCAAGCCAAUCUUUUAUCGAAUAAUACGAUAGUCGUCAGUACAUUGCAAGCCGGCUGUUUCUUUGGAUCACUGUUCGCAUACUAUAUUGCGGAUCGAUGGGGUCGAAAGCCUGCGCUGCUUAUUGCUGCUGGUAUAACUAUUGUGGGUGUUAUUGUUCAGUGUGCUUCGGCGGGUCAUAUCUCGGCACUCUAUGUCGGAAGACUUGUUGCGGGAAUGGGUGUUGGAGCUGCUAGUAUGCUUACGCCACUCUAUGUACGCUUCACAACUCCUUUCCCUAUUUGA